UUGUCUCCACAAAGGUCUUAUCUUAACAAACCUACAUCAUACUGCCUACUGAGUAGUGUCAAAAUUAAGAAUUUAACUCCUCUAUAAAAUUUUUACAUAGUGCCAAAUUACAACUACACCGGAGAGGCGACCCACUAACAGUAAGAAUGUACAUUUUAUUGGGUGUUUUUAAACAAUACAAACAAGUGUAACUGUAUAAAUGCACAACAGAAACAUUAAUUAUCAUAUCAUGGAACAUUAAGAGCAAUUCCAGGCCUAAAUUGCCCAAAUGAUUCUAGUGACGGUGUAUAAAGUUUAAAGACACAAUGGUGCACAUCUUGUAUUACCACAUGACUUCACAAGGUGGAUUGAGUGUUUGAGAGAAGAACACAGCCUGAAUAUUCAGGGUUUGUGUGUUAAAAUGUAUGAAUGAAACGAAACGCAACUCCAGGUAAGUUUUUGAUGGAGGAACAUUAUCACAGAUCAAAAUAGCGUAAUAUAGGCCCCUUAAUGGACAAAGCGUGUUCAUUUUCAUGUGGCCCUUAUUUAUUGGGCUAUUUAUAGAUUUAACACAGUCUAGGGUCACGGCCAGAGGGUAGCACAGUAGUUUUUUUUUUAUAACUGACCUUUUACACUGACGUCCUUCACCUCCAAAGCCACAGUGCAGCGCGAGUCUGUGGUUGUAGGUCAGUCCCGCUUUGGCGCACAGAGCACGUGGGGGCGGGGCGCUGCGAGAGGCAGGACUACGCGCCGCACUCGAGCAAAUAGCUACUGCUUUUGAAACGACUGGCUUUUAUUUGUUUCUUUGUCUGUGGUCUGGUCACUGUCGAAUAUCAGAAUUUUGAACACUUACUUUGUUUAAUGUGUUAAAAGCGUAUGACGGAGGCUCCGGUCUCCUGUUGCGCGUAAGAGGAUCAUAGAGGAGAGCGCAACCUGUCACCGUGAGGAUGAGAGAACCUGGGACUGUGAUACAGUGGAAUAAGUUUGGAGAGUGACUGCGAUGUGAACACGGCUAAUUCACCGACUUCAGGAGUGUGUCCAUCACCACAAUGCCUCCACAUGAUCACUCCCUGCCAACGCUGCUCUACCUCCUGCAGUUCUUCCUGUUACGGGCCCUCUCAAUCCUCCAGCCACCCCCCCACAUCCCCACCCUGGUGCCCCACACCCCCACCCCUCUCACCCGCUCCCAUUUCAGCGCCCAAACCCAGUUGGACUUCACCACCCACUGCAACUCCAGCUGCUUCCACACCCACGAGGGGGCACUGUCCGAUAAACUGGCCUUCGAGACACUGUACUCAGAUGGAUCACGCACCCUCACCACAGUGGAUGUUGAGGAUGACAGUGAAGACUUAACCUCAUCCAUGAACUGGCCUAGGCGCAAGCGAAUAAAAAGGCAAAUCUAUGGUGCAGAUGGACGAUUUAACAUCAAAGGUGAUAACUUCCUUUUGGAUUACCCUUUCUCCACAGCGGUGCGGAUCUCCACGGGUUGCACUGGAGUUCUUGUGUCCCAGCUGCAUGUCCUGACAGCGGCACAUUGCGUCCAUGAUGGUAAAGAUUAUGUCAAGGGAGCGAGGAAGCUCAAAGUUGGAUUUCUGAUUAAUCCUGUGGUAAACAGCACAAACCCAGAACUGUCAUCACCCAAGAAGCCUCUGGUCCGCUGGGUGAGGGUCAAACGGACUCGUGUGCCCAAAGGCUGGAUCCAAGGCCCUCAGGAGGUCAGCAUGGACUUUGACUAUGCCCUGUUGGAGCUACGUUGGCCCCACCGCCGCCCUUUUAUGCGACUAUCUGUGGCUCCCUCCUCUGACGACCUGGCUGGGAAACGUAUCCACUUUUCUGGUUUUGACAGCGACCGGCCAGGGGAGCUGGUGUACAGAUUUUGUCCAGUGGAAGAGGAGUCCAAAGACCUCAUAUACCAGCACUGUGAUGCCAGGCCCGGAGCAAGUGGAUCCGGGGUCUACGGCAGAGUGUGGGAUGACACGCUGGAGAGGUGGGAGAGGAAGGUGAUUGGGAUCUUUUCAGGUCAUCAAUGGUUAGAGAUAGAUGGAGAAAACCGGGAUUAUAACGUGGCUGUAAGAAUUACACCGCUCAAGUUUGCACAGAUCUGUUACUGGGUGCAUGGGAACAGACUAGACUGUGUUCAUGGUUGAGAGCCUUGCUUUUUAUUAGACACAAGGAGAUGAUACAAAACAUCAGUCAAGUUUCAGCCUAUACUCAAGACUGACGAUCCUUCAUUUACUCUUCACACUGCACACUUUCAGAACACUAUGUUUUAUUGAGGAAAUGCUGUUUUUUUUACCAGAACAAGGAAUGUGAUUUAUUACAGUGAAUGCUGUUUGACUCUAAACUAGAAAAAGGAAAUAAAUAUUGGAGCUUGCUUGUCAGCAAUAUAAACAUCAAGAAUUAUGGUUUAAUUUUUGUGCAAUCAUGAAUGAAUUGGGCUCAAAGUAAACCAUUCCAACCCAAUGGAGAGACAUAUUAUUUGCAAGUCUAGUUGCACUUUUCCAGCAUCAUGGCAUUACCCCAGCCUCUGCUCAAAUCACAUUUUACAACACACAAUUACUUUGAAACUGUGAUAUAAAUCCUUUCUCAGUAAUUCAGCAUGCUUUGCGUCCUGUACAGGGUUUUAUAAUUUUUUCAUGGAUGUCUCAACUAUAUGCCAUAUCUUUUUUGUUAUCACAGAGAAAAACAUUAUUAUGAUGCUGUAAGUACUUUUCAGAGAUUAUGUUAUUAAAUAU